AAACCACCGAGUUCGGUUUGAUUUCUAAGCGAAAUGACUUUGUGAAUUAUUCUUCAAAAGUGUUUUCAAUAAUUGUCGUUCGAUGAUUAUCUGACACCUUGCGUCGUUUUACGUUUAUAUAACUCUGUGCGUUACGGCCAUGACAAUAUUUCUAUGGUUAUGUUGUUUUUGUUUUUGUAUUUUUACAAUACUUUUCUUUUAUGCUUAUCAUGCAGGCUGCCGUAACUAUACUAGCAGGUUUUUCUUAACUUACAACAGAAAUUUAGUUUUAUCAUCUAAGUUUGUAGCGUAAAUUUGCCAGUAAGCGAGAUGUUUCGAGUGCUAAGCCCAAAAUGUUGGUGCUGGCACAGGUAGCCCAGACGCGCCAUGUCAAUUCCUGUAAUAAUACAUCAAGAUUUAUAAAUCGCAGCCCAUAUUAAAAUCGGUCGCGGAGCGUCGAAGUCGAAUAGAAACGUGACAGGGGAGAUUUAACCAGUACAAAUUAAUAGACAAUGAUAUAAUGAGAAAAGACGAUUCAUUUACCCUGGGUACCAGAUAUUUUUUUCUCGCUUGUGACGAGGAGCUUCGUCGGCUGCAAGCCGACACGUCUUCGGCCGAAGACUUUUUAAGACUUGAACGAAACCGGAAACCGCGCAUGAAAAGUCUCUGGCACCCAGGGUACGAUUCAUUUGGAACUAUUCCAUUUUUUUUGUUUACUUUCUUCAGUCAAAUAUAGUGGACCCUCCAUCUCCGAUCCUUUUUCUAAUCUAUAAAUCCUGAUGUAAAUACAGCAAGUCUAAGCUGCCUGUGUUGCUGGAGACGUCGGCUGUUGAAGAUUUUACGACGACUUUGCAUUAGUCAUUUUACCACAUAAACGAGUAAACACCAGGAUUUCUUAUUUCACUCCUUCUUUUUUUGCCUUGAUAACAUCCAGUUUCGUAAAUAAAAACGUGCAAGGAAAAAUCGCUCUGUUUUUCUCAAACUGAGAUCAGGCCUAAUUUUAGCCCGCCGGAAUUUUGUUUUAAUACCUCUGAAGCACAACGAAAAUAGAGCCGAUAUCAGAUUUGUUUUUCCCUCUCGACUUCAAACGAAAACAUAUAAAGGAAACUUGUGGUUGCGAUAGGAAGGAUGUCCCCUAACAAACUUUCUACAGAGCGCAGUUUAGGCAGCUAUAUAUUGAAUAAAAUCCCUGAUAGUCUUACUUUUAAUGUACUCACGUGCAAGUACAGCAUACGACUCGGAAGUCGGCAAAACACUUGAGUCUUGGGAAGUUGUUUGAUAUUGCGUUGAGCAGGUAAAGCUGAUUUCCAUGAUUAUUAUGAGUCAUCAUCGCUUAGGAUACGCUUUCUAUGCCCACGCGCGUAAUCUAGGGAAGAGCCUGAUCCUCUCAAAAUUUGAGACAUAUUUUUUUGGUAUUUGCCUUCUACUAAUUUACAUGUAUUAGUAAUAUGCUUUUGCCUUCGAUUUCGUCUGUUUAUGGUAUUGAGAAGAUUACCAAUCAAAGGGCUGUUUCUCUCGCAAAUUUAAGUCUUCUUUAUAAAACAGAUUUAUGAAGCGACGUUCCCCUUCCCUCGGUGUGAAAAGAUGUUUUAUUCCAAUGUGGCUAAACUUGAAAACAUUUUAUCUCGUAAGCAAAAUUGGAGACGAAAACCAAACAAAGAUUUUUUUUACUUGAUUUAAUAUUUUCAUACGUCCAAGAAUAAAUUUAAGGCCGCAUCAUUUUUCCUCCUGUAGCUCCCAAGUAUAAACUGUAACAUUGCUUCCUAAUCCUGCUCUCCUUUUCACAGUCAAAAGAAAAUAAUUAAGACGGGUCCUUUCGUGUUCUGUUACUGCUGUUUUAUAUCAGCGUUACAGUGUAAUAAUUGCAACUCUAUAACCACGGUGAUUUACUUUUACUUCCUCUUCACACUUUACUUCCAAAUUCCGUCUUGCAAUGCGGUUCUGUAAGGAUUGAGCUAAAAUUAUAUUUUGAAACCUUCCUAUAUUUUCGUCAUGCGUGAGCCUCCUUCAGAGCUUCCUCAAAUAUGAAUUGCCGUUUGCUCCCAGAUUAUCAGUUCCUUUCAUGAGCGGUAGAAAAGCAGUGUUGAACAGAGUGACACCGUUGAGAGAUCGCUUUAGAGCCCAAGACGAGGAAGACUACGUACGAGAAAGAGAGCUGAGUAGUGCGCGCGCUUGAACCAGCGUCAUUUUGGCGGGAAAAUGAAACGUGAUAGCCGUCGUCAUUCUACCACGAGGUUUUAGCGAAAAUGCCGUAGCGGCAAAAAUAAGUUAGUCAAAUGGAAGUUUUAUUAUUUGGCGAUCGGGAGAGUACAUUAUUGUUACCUCCCCAGAGGGGCUUUUCAGGAAAAAAGAUUAUAUUACAUUAUUCAUAAUAACUAAUUACGACACUCAACUUUAAUAAUACUAAUUACAAUGCUAGCUAGUUACUAAUUACAAUGUUUUAAACUUAACUAAGAAGUAUUUACAAAAUUAUCUAAAAGCUGGCUCUUAAGGAACGUUUAAAUAUUUUAACAGAUGGGCUUAAUUUAAGAAAGGUUACUAAAUUGUUCCAAAGCUUAACAGUCCUGUAAUAAAAGGUUCUCUUUCCGGAGGCUGUUCUGAAAAGAGGGAUGUUUAGCGUUUGGCUACUCCGAGUUGUUCGUUCGCUUGCUUACGGGUAAUAAAUUGGGACGUAAGAUAUUCGGGGGGCGUGACUGGUCAUGUAUUUGAAGGCCAUAAUACCUUGGCGAUAGUACUGUUGGUCCUUAACAGGCAACCAAGACAGACUUUUUAAGAGGGGUGUUACAUGAUCAUAAUUUUCGCACCGCUGACGAUUCGGCAAGCAAAGUUUUGAACGGCCUGCAAUUUUCAAUUGAUAAUGAUGAUUAUGAUGAUGAUGAUGAUGAUGACUCUAUCUUAGAAACAUUUUUGCUCAGGCACAUGUGUCCCAGUUAAGUACAAAAGAGUACCUGGCAAGAAACUAAGGGAGAUUUCCAAAAGUUAGAACUGGCCGGCCGGACCAUAGCCGGACCAGUCAUUUUGACAAUGAAAAAUAUGCUUUUUCUCCAAUAGUUUUUGUUGAAACACCAUCUUCUUCGUGCAUUCUAUUAAGAAUUUGACUGAUCUGGCUGGAUAGUUUUGAUUAAAAGUGAAAUUCUCAUUGUGACUGGAAUGGUCAGACCGGUUAGUUCUGACAAAUGGAAAGCGCCCUAAGAAUAUGGCCCCAAAUAAAGCUUAGUCUGGACGUGGGAAAAUGUUAUCGUGAAGUAACAGAAAUAUUCUUGCUUCCAUGAGGAAAAUUUUCCAAUAGUAAAACAUGAUUGCCAAUUAAGCCGCUUUUCUAGUGGAGACAAUGUUUUAGCAUUAUAUUAUUUCCUUGUUGAGCAUUGAUUGCCUUUUGCACUAUCCGAAAUUGAUCAGAACCCCGGACAAGUGAUACGGACACUUCUGGUGAAAACUCUGCAACGUGGACAGCCUGCAGGGGCCGGCCUGUUUCUCGAAACUGAACUUUUCGAGGCCGAAAUCAAAUAUUCAAAUAAAAAUCUAAGAAUUAAAGUGCGGAUCCUGGCCAACAAACCAGUCCAUUCAGUUGUUCCUGGUUAUCUAGGUAGUUUUUUCACGCUAAGGGCAAAACCAUUGAAACCUCGAUCUUGAGUGAAAACAACAACAGCUCUCCGGGCCCUGUAAUUUUUAUGGGGACUUUCGUGAAACGAGACCGAUGCCAAAUAUUAAAAUCAAAAUCUGAAGGAUAAAAGCGAGGGUACUAGAUUAAAAAUAAAUAAAAAAAGUUAAUUUUGUUUUGUAAACCGAUUGGGGUAACAUAUAAUCUACAAAACUAUUGAAAUCAUUAUAGCACUUCGAACUCAGUCUUAAAUGGAAACAAGACAGCUGUCGCGGUCCGGUAAUUACCGGGAGUUUCGAGAAACGGACCCCAGGUCUGUUCGUUACGCUACGGUUGCCUUCUUAAGGUGAAGCGAUACGACAAUAAAAGAAGGGCCAUUUCCUUUGAAGAGGAAAAGACAUCCAUUAAGCCAAUAUUUAAAGAGCAUAUGUCUUUAAUACGUGGGAUUUUAAGAAAGAACAAAAAGUUGAAGAUGGCCUAAGAAAGAAAUAAGAAAGUAGGCCUUUUAAAAUCUUGGUUUAUUACAUACAUUUUAUCCUUACAGUAUAAAAUCACCUUCAGUGUUCAAUUUAAAACUAGGAUCGGUCAGUCGCUGGAAAUGACCCCUUUUUCAACAACGGUCACGUCUUAUUUUUUGAUCAUUGGCCAUCAUUGCCCAAAUCCGAAGACAGAGUUGGAGUCGCCAUAAGAAGAGUACGAGAUGUCAGAGAUAACGCGCUACAAACAUAAGAUAGAAACGAGCCUUAUAUGCGACAUGUUGACCCAGUUAAAACUGACAACCGUUAUCAAACUAACUCUAUUUUGAAACUGAAGCCUUCCGCUUUCAACCAACUAUUUGAUCAACAGAUAUAACAUUUUGAACAAUAAUAAUAAUAAUAAUAAUAAUUUUAUUCUUAUAAACAAUUGGUGUAGUGAAUUGUAAAUAUUUUUAACGGUCGAAUAAUUUCACUGACCAGAGCCUACUUAUGUAUCUCCUUAAUUUGGACUGAACUGAAAAUGUUAAUUUCGACUAAAUUUUGUGUGGUUGUACUGUGUCUACUGUCGAGUUGUGCGCUGAAACCUCGUAGCUACCUCCUUUGUGUUUUGAAUGCUUUUGAGAGGCUCCGGGAGAUCUUUUAGAUGAAAUAAUUCUGGAAGACCUUUACAAGCGCUGACUAUCUACAAACGGGAAAGGCGGCUGGAAUCAGUAUUAUUGUGUGUAACGAUUAAGCCCUUUUUUAUAUUUUUUUAAAACCUGAAAACUACCUGAAUGUUAGCUGUAGAUAACGUCUCUUACUGCGCUAAUCCAGAAUCCCAUCAGCUAAUAUAAGCAAUGCAAAUUUACCACAUGGUUUCCGCCCAACUUACGCGAUUAUCCCGCCCACUUAUGACGUCAUUUCAAUUACGUUUUCGCUUGGCCACUUGACCGCUCUCGUGAAUAAAUUUACUCCAGCAGUGUUAUUAUGUUACUUAUCGCGAUUCAACAACAACACCGUAGAGUAGUAGUGUUGUAGUCAUCAGCCAGAUUGGAGAAGUCACGAGGAAAAGUAAGCCCUUCCCCGAAUGAGGGGAGGUGGUUAAAAAGAGGGCUCUCUAGGUAAGUGAACAUUGGCUCGCGUGACUCUCUCCUAAUUCCCAAGACUUUUCAUUCCACCACACGUUUUACGAACAUCGUAAUAGACUCGUUCGUUUGCAGUUAGUGUGCUUGAAGAUGUCGAACAUUCAUCUUUAGUUUUGGCUACAAGCAAUUUUGAUCGAAACCUUCCGUCUAUUACGCACUACUUUUACUAGUUAUCAGGCGUUACAUUCAACGCUGUAUUUUGUUCAAAAACAACUUCACCGGGAGUUCUUUGAAAUCUUAGGGUGUAGCAAAUUUACACAUGACCUUAACCGGCAUGAAUAAAAUAGCUGGGCGCAUUACAAAGAGCCCCACAAAGCAGGAAUCAGUUUAUGUCACCGAAAUUGAUAUUGUAGGUUUUGUGUCUUUUAGACUUUACAAAAUGUAUAAGGUCAAUUGACUGAUUAGGGGAUUCCGUCCGUUGAGUACGUGAGUCUGAAGACUGUGUAGUAAAAUUCCAAAAUAUUUGCUCUUUUAAACUUUGAGUGACAUACAAAGCCGUUUCCAUUUCAGUAUUAAACUUGCAUGUAUUGAAUUAUGAAAGGAAUUUAGCCUAGUUAAGUGGUUCAAUAGAUUGCCUUUAGUUUUGUGCAUUCUUAGAGAAAACCUCGCGUAACUUUCCGAACAACAAUUUAACGCUUUCUUCCCCACAACGGAAAGCCGAGUUGUGCGUAUUAUUAGGUCUAAGCAAUUAAAAUUUUAAAUAACGGUUCGACUAAUCGUUGCUAUAUAUUACGUCCCGUUGUUGUAAUUGUUAACACUGUCAUGUUUCCGUCACUCUAGCUCUUUAUGUCACAGAAGUCUUUUUAUGAUUGUGCCUUUUUGCCGCAUGUCAAUUUUAAAUACAAUUACCGCUUGAAUGGAUACGUUUGUCUUCACAUCCCAAUAAAAUAGAUAACCUUUGGACUGGGCCAGACGGUCUUGAUUGAACACUAAUUUAUCGACAUAGGUCAAAAAAUGUUCGAAAUGUUUGUUGAGCUCUUCAUGCUAACUCAUUCAUCGAUUCCUCGUCGAACUGGGCUGUUCAGUUAGGCUCAGCCACACAACUGGCCUUUCGAGAGAUUAUAUAAAUGACUUUCUUUACUUGUAUGCUUGACGACAUUUUAUUCACUGCAAAGAAAACACCAAUCUGUUUGUUGACCUAUUAGCACAAUGUACACAAAGAAAAUUGCUGAGUCGCCUUGCUUACCGAUACCUAAAGCCAAUUUUUGUUUUCUUGCACUUUGUUGCUAUGUUGAUGUAAAAGAAGUGAUAGUGACGGUGACAGUGGCAGCCGGUGAUGAUGAUAAUUGUUUGUGGCUGUGUUGAAGACAUCUGUAGCAGCUAACUAUGACGGUACUAUUCAUUGUGCUUUUUCCAGCCAGCGUGUUCUGCACGCCCAUCGAAGGGAAAGCCAAGCAGCCAAUCAAGAUGGCGAAACAGUGCCGAUACCUAUUCCAGGAUCCUUUAGUGGUAGGGUACCCCAAAUCAUUGAGUUGGUCACGGUAAGUUGUAAUGGAGUGGUCUUCAUAACGGUAAAGAAAGAUACCCCUUUUUUGUAAGAAGAUAUUUUAAAAAAAUGUCGAGGCUGGAAUUUGCGAAACUUUAAGAAUGUUAUAAGAAUAAACCAGAGACGAAGUUUUUGAAAAGGACAUAAGUUUUGUUUUAAAAAACCUGUGAACACAAUAGUCACUGCUGGGCUCGUGCUAGGCAAGUAACUUUUAAAGCUUACUCGCCCAAUGGGCGAGGGUCCAAGCAGGUCAUUCUCCAAACAAAUCAUUAACUUAGAAAAGCAAGAAGUGGCCCUGGGCUAGCAAAAUGUCAGGGCUGCUUGCACAAAGGACAAGCUGAAAUUCAAGUAUUUUUCGAGUCAUGAAUACAAUUAUAUUUGUUUACACUCGACUUAAUCAGGAAAGAAAAUUAUUCCCUAAACGCCAAAGCAGAUCUAGACGCCGCGCGUCUAGACACCAACACUUGCAAUUGACACUACUACAUUCUGAAACGGAAAUGCCAUAAGCUGUAAUUUAAGAAUAACACAAGAAUAAAUUCAGCCUAAAAUCUGCAGAAAAAUAAGAAUACCCCGUCUGGGACGGGAAAACAACAUUCUAAUCAAAUGAGAGAGUAUUAGGUCUAUUAGCUAACCACUCUCUUCUUUCCCAACCAAUUAAAGAAAAUGAAUUUCUAUUUGCUGUAAGCGUUUUUUUAUUGCUUACUUGACCCACAGAAGAUACGUGUAUAUGCAUCCAGAUAGUUGAUACUGCUGAUAUUUUUUCUACCCUGCGCCACAGACGAAAGUGAACUAAACUCUGCGACGCAGGCUAAUUCUUCUCCUUAUGAUUUCUCUCUGUGUAGUUGUCAGAAUGAUCCAAUGAGAAGCAGUUAUUGUUCAGUGACAAAGUUUUCUUUUUUUUCUGUCCACAGAAAGGCCAUCAUUUCUUUCAAAAGCGAAUGGAAUCCCUCGGAAGUUCCGUGUUCAAGUGCAGUUUUUUUGGCGCGCCAUUUAUCGCCAUAACGGAUUAUGAAGGAAUGGAAUGCUUCUUCGACCCAAGAUUAGUGAGUAGCCAGUAUGUCGUGCUCCUCUUCAGUGCAAAAGAUUUAUAUUCCGUACUUUUCUGGCCUCGUGUCAUUUCCAGAGCAUUCUAUAGGGAAAAAAUUGUAAUUUGUUUACCCACGAAGCAGAAGCACUUGGCAGCACUUGAACAUGUCCGUGCGUUCCAGAUCGAAUUGGACUGACAGUGUUGGUUUUUGAGAAGAGGGAAAAACCGGAGCACUCGGAGAAAAACCUCUCGAAACAGAGGAGAGAAACAACAACAAACCAACCCACAAAUGAUGCCGACCGCCAAGAUUUGAGCCCUGGCCACAUUGGUGGGAGGCGAGUGAUCUCACCAUAGCAAUGCAAUGUACUACAACCAGUUUUAGUGCACGUCAGUUCCCUUCUGUCUUUUGAUUUUAGAGUGCGAAUCCCUUGAAAGUUGAAAAAUAGGACACAGACUUAGUAACUGAAGAAGCUACAAUCAAACCUCCUGUGAUACGGAGGCCUUAGUCAAGAAUAUUAGGAUUGGACAAAUCGAAAAUGGCCAACAGUAAAGUGACUAACUUUUUUUCCAAAUACCUGAUUCCCACGUGUCCUUAUUCUUUACAGGUGGAGAAAGAGACGGGAUUUGGAAAUUUUCGAUUCAAUCAAAGCCUGUUAGGAGAUCAUGUGCCCUCCAUGUUUGAAAAUGGUGACCGACAUAAACAGUUGAAGUCGUUCUUGAUCGCUGUAUCCCAGAACAUGCUCAGGAUGGGUAGACUGAUCCCCAAUAUUAUGGACAUCAUGCCAGAACAUCUCAUCAAAUGGAAUUUUAAAGAAGGUUAGCGUGUUGGCUCAAUAUUUGCCUUUCCGACUAUUCAAAAAUAACAGAUUAACUAAGAAACACAAACGUUACUCAAACUUUGACUGCUCAAUAGCUCAUGGUCCCCAUGAGCUUUUCUUACUAAAUGAUUGGCUGUUCCAGGUUCCAAGAAAAAAUACUUGAUGUGAGAAUCAAAGAGCGAGGGGAUUGUUUUUUUUUUUCCUACCACCGCCCCCUUCCCCAGCCGAUCAGGCGCGUCUUAUUUUUGAGCUGCCUGUUUUUGCGACCUCCCUUCCCGACUAUCUGAAAGCCUGGCACAGGCUGAACAAAUGACAUUUCCAAAGUUAGAAAAUGGUGAUAACAUUGCAAAAAAGAAAAAGGUCAUUACUCAUUACUAUUGGUGCUGGCUACCUGGUAAAAACUCUUAUUCAGCCCAAAAGAAAUUGAACUUAAGAGCCUCAGUUUUCGUGUAAACAGCACUGUCGCGUGUGUGACAAGCAUCUGGUAUGCUGUUAGGGUUUAAAUGUUGAAUUAGAGUAGAGUGUAUCCUGUUAUGAUGUUCAAAGCGAUGCCGUGUUAGGAUUUUAGCCCAGUGAAUACUUGGCUAGGAAGACUUAAAUGAUCAUUUACAAUGACACAGGCUUCUCGGGAGAAGACAUAAGAGGUUUGUCCUACAUGUACCCAUACAUUUUCACAUCCUGAUCACUGAUAUGUUAGUAUGAGAGUCACCUCUUCUAUUACCCUGUCUUGUUACUUGGUUAUAAAGCUGUUGUCAGCCCUACAGUUCAUCCGUUUGGGCUAACAUUGGAUGAUUCCCUGAAUUUUUUUAAAACACAUUACCAAAAUAGGCAAAUAGGAAGAAGUUAAUGAAUGUUCUUUGUAGAUUAAUAAAGAUUAUAUUAUAGUUUCGGACCAAACUCUGCCUUAAUAAUUAAUGUAUCAUUUUCUUUACUGUUCCUCGGUAUGGCAUCACUGUUUGAAGUCUGAUAGCAAAAAACUGGAAAGGUUGCCUGAACGAGCACUGCGUUAUCUAUACAGUGAUGUGUCUUCUCAAAAUAGCACUUUGUUUCAUGGUCGUAUUGGUUACAGCCUUAUGGAUCGACUUGACCAGAAUUUGUCAAUUAUUGUGUUUAAAGCAAUAAGCAAUUAUCCACCUGAAUAUUUGAGAGACCUUUUCAGGUUAAGAGACAACAUCAAAAAUCUGAGAGGGGUUAACAAGCUACAAGUAUCGAAACCUAAUAUGACUUGUUAUGGCAAAAACUCAGUAAAACACUAUCACUUAAAACAAGAUUUCUGAUACCUUAAGAUCCCUAAACAUUUAUUGUUAGCUUUUGUGAAAAUGGUUCGUCAGAAGACUGGUUCUAGCUAAUUAAUAAUAUAACUAUUUACAAUCGGCUAUAAGAAAAGUAGUUUGCAGAAAAACUAUAUCAAAAUCUAAAUAUAAACUAAUUGUUCUAACAAAAUGCCUUGCUGAAUAAAAUGUCCAAAGUUUCUGUUUAAAAUCACUUUUGGUGCAAGCAGAUCUAAAGCUUACGGGAAGACUGUUCCAAAGCCGUGGCGCUGCCGCCAUUCUUAAUAACAGCUAUAUCUAUCAUGUAAUUAGGAUUUUAAUUGAAAAUUAAUAGCUUUAUUGCGUAAUUUAGGUUUUAUAUUGCGAGUAAGUUUUUCUUUUCCCUUUUACUUAUCGUUAAUUUAUUUAUUUGUUUUUUUUUUCGGCUUAUUAGCGUAUUUUAUUAUUGCUAGAGGUCUAAAUAACCUCAUCAAUCCCGAGAUUAAAUAAAGCUUCAUUCGAUAUAACCUCUGCCUUAGGUAUGGGAAGCCUAAGUCAGGAGGAAUGGGAAGAACGAAUUUUGCAUCUCUCCAUGGAUGUGCUGAGUGAGACCAUGCUGGGCAUAAGACUGAGUGGACACAGCUUUCUGCAGUGGAGAUUUGAAGUUCUCAAGGAGGAAAAGUGAGUUUACCUUGAUUGGCAUUUUAUUUUGUGAAAUAUUAGAAGAACAAUAUUUUUCCUAUAGAAAGCUGAAGAAGUUGGACAUCUUCGGGUAUUAAACCAUGAGUUUAAUACCCGAAAUAUCAGUUGGAAUAGCGCCGGUCUGCUGAGCGAGAUGCCCGGUGGUUCAAAUUCCGGCCGGACCACCAACUAGCGUCGUCCCGCGAGUUACCAUACGGUUUGUGAGAUACGUAUUUCUAGUUCAAUAAAGUUAGUAAGAUCAUGCUCGCUGCGUUAAAAGAUCUUGUCUGAGUUCAGAUGAUCGCGCCAUUGGGCGGGGACGUGACGCUGUUACCCUUGUCUCUUUCAUUUUUUUCUUCAUCGGUAGGGAAGAAGGGGACGUAAAAAACCCACACCAUUGUUCGAAAAGAGGAAGACAAGUUUCCCAGUUGUAUAAUCGGCCUCUGCCUCUGAUAUCACUUCACUUCAUUUGUAUCAUACACUAGGCAAUCCCGUAAGUGGACCGCGAGAGGUAGCAAGCGACGUCAUAAGAAAAGAGUUUAACUCCCAGAGGACACUAACAUGGCUGCCAAAUUAUUGUUUUGGGGGGGAAACCAACGUAAAGGAUGUGACUUCAUGUGAAAAAGCUCUUUAAAAUGUAAAGAGGACACGACACGCACUGCUGUCGUCUCAUCCGCGACUAGGGUCUGUCGGAUUAUGCUUGUAAAAUAGCGUAUUAUGCUUUCGGGCGUCACCCGUGAAACCAAGGGUAUUAUGCUCAAAAUUAUGCUCGGCUCGAGGUUUAAUACUUAAAUUAUGACACUUCCACCCCACCCCAUAGGCCUGUACCUACUGAUAAACAUUCCUAGUCUUUCAUUUUUGAAAGAAAUGUUAGACAAUAACAGUACAGUUCCUGGCUGAUCACCAGCAGCAGAGUCUGAAUUAUCUGAUUCUGCCAUGAUGCAAAUCCACGAACUAUAUACAAGCUUGAAAGCCUGGCAUAAAGAGGUAACCAGGCCUUCGAUUAUACCAAAAUGCACUGGGUACGAGUCUAAGGAAUCAAUUUCCUAAAAUAUUCUCGCUUUUAUCAACGUUGUACAUUUUUGCUAAAGUUGUUGGCAAAAUUUGCAUAGUAUUACACUUUUCACAGUUUUUAGAAACAACAGCAUUAUAGUAUCACGCCAGCAUUAUACCUGAUUCUCCAGAUAUAGUAUUAUGCUGAAAAUUAUGCCGGGAUAAUCCGACAGACCCUAUCCGCGACAUUACAUUACAAGUCUUGACUGUUUAUUAUUACACAGGACGUGCUUUGGGAGACCAACUGGAAAAUACAAGAAAGCAUUACAUGCAUUUAACCACCUGAAAGAAGCAAUUGCAAAUGCUCCUGACAUAAACCCAGUCCUAAAGGAGGCUGACAAAGCUGGUCUGACAGAAGACGAAGCAGUGUUGGAGAUCUUGUGGAUGCUGAAGUAAGAAUAGAUUCAGAUUGUUUUCUGUUAGGUUUAAUAUAACGACUUCUUGCAAAAUAAGGAAAUGAUUAAAAUCUGCAGAUAAAACGGGGAAUCAACAGGUAAGUUUUCUCCUUCUUAGGCAUAAAAUGCCCUCUUUUGCUACUUUUUGAUGUUUUUACGUACUUAACAAAAGUCAAAAGGUUGAGUUUGAUCGUCCGGGUGAACGUAGUCCUGAAUAGGACUGUUGUUGACAGUGACUGACGUUUCGACAACCUGUGCGGUAGUCAUCUUCAGAGUCAAAGUGAGUUGUGUCACGUCAGUUGAUGGUAUUAUACUCUGGUAUCAGAUCAAUAACCAGAGUAUAAUACCAUCAACUGACGUGACACAACUCACUUUGACUCUGAAGAUGACUACCGCACAGGUUGUCGAAACGUCAGUCACUGUCAACAACAACAGUCCUAUUCAGGACUACGUUCACCCGGACGAUCAAACUCAACCUUUUGAAAUGACUCCUGGGUUCAAACCUUUCACAGUUUAACAAAAGUCAUUGACAGGGAAAGCAUUUAUUUAUAUCCUCCCAAAUGUUAGAAAAAAGAUUCAGAAGAGAUGAGUAAAACCGCCACCUUUUGUUGAUUCCUCUGAUUCUAAGGCCUAGGCCAAACGUCGAACUAUUCAGAAGACCUACCAAACUUAGCGAGUUAAGUUCAUGAAAACUGAGUUCGAUAUUUGGCUCAUUCAAGUUCGUCUGAAUGAGUUUGGAUAGUCCAACACGCUAUCCGUCUGAUACGUUAAACGUCUGCCGGGACUCAACAGACGAUCUUAACUUGUAAUUUAGGUUGACCCAAAUUAGAGUUUGGUUCGUCUCAUGAAAAGUUCGACGUUUGGCCCAGGCCUAAGGAUAUGUUUUCAAUAUGCUGGAUAGCUUUUCGUGUCGGCACUUAAAGCUCUCCGGUAUAGUAUGAACACCUAUCCAAUAAUUGACUCUCCACUUUAGAGAUCGGUGUGGCGCGGUUUCGCUCCGUUACAGAAAUCGCCCCCUAUCACCCUUCUUAUGCUUGAACAGAAGCUCUAUCCGGUAUGGUUUUCGUACCCGCUGCAAAAGUUAUCCGGUGUAGUGUGAAAAAAUCCUAAGAAAGCCCGAUCCGAAGUCAAUUUUAACUAAUUUGAUAACCAAUUUUCAGAGGGCUUGGCAGUGGCGGAUCCAGUGGAGGGGCCUGGGGGAUCCACCCCCCCCCCCGCCCCCUAUCUUUGAUCAAAUUCAGGCCCAAAUAGCCGAAAAAAUUCUUUGUCAGACCGCCCCCACCCCCACUUAUCUCAAUGCCUGUCUGUGCCUGGAUAACCGGGCACCCCUUUAUCUGAAGGUCUGGAUUCGCCACUGCUUGGCACACUAUAAAUGAUACGAUUUAUCCGAACUAACUUUGAUAUACAAUUUCUUUUCAGUUUCAACGCCGCUCCCGGCACAGGUGCAGCUAUGCGAUCAUUGGCCGCUCGCCUGUCAAUCAUGACAAACGAGGAAAGAAAGGAGUUGAAAAUGGAGAUAAGAGAAUGCUUGGGAACGAUCGGGCUGAAUCUGAAGACACUUCACAAGAUGAGAAAACUAGACAACUUGGUUUGCGAGGUAUAAUUAUUUUGCCUGGCUGGUAACAGUGGGUUACCUUUGUUUACUCCAAGGAUAACACCCUCAUUUCGUUCAUUUUGUUGCUUUUUAGAGACCGCUCUGUUGUAGUUGAGAUUGUUGUUCAUUUUUGUUGUAGAUUCUAAGGAUGUAUCCCCCAGUUGCGUUAUAUUUUGGAAUUGCCAGGUAAGUGUCUUGACAACAAUGCGUAAAGUUGACCAUUUUAAUCAAAAUUGGCAUGGUAAAAUGCCGACCGGCAAUUUCUCUUCAAAUUUUCCACGCGGAGUUAGAUGCACUCUUAUUGCAAGUGUAGAUACGAGGUGCUGUGAGUGUAAACGCCUUCUUUCAAAGGGCAUAGUUUUCUAAUAAGCAACCUGAAAAUAUUUGUUAAGAUCUGUUACCAACUGAUUAGAAGGCUAUGCGUAGAUGUCACGCCGGGAUGGCCUUGGAUUUAAUUUUUUCGUAGUGAAGACCUUGUCCUGAUAAUAAAUUCGUUGUCGUUACACCACCAUUCCCGAAGGGCGUAGUUGAUAAGAAAAUGAACGUAAUAGUUAAGGUUGUCACCAAUUUAUUAGUACAUUAGAAGUGAACAGAGGCGAUUUAGUGCAUAGAUGUCACGAAUGGCCAUAUUUUGAGUCUGAAGACCUCGUCUCGGGGCGCUAAUAAAUUCGCUGUCGUUUACUUUUCCCUGUUGUUGGUCUUACAUCCGUACUAAGGACGAUCGCAAACGAUAGCAAUUCCGAGCCACCUUGGUUUUGCGAGUUUGACGUUAUACAUAUAGUAAAGAAGAUCACGCUCUGAAGAGAGAGUUCAUGAAAGUGGAUGUAAAGGUGGUGGUGGUACAUGGUCCGUUCGUCAUUAAAUCGGCAACCAGUUCUUUUUGUUCGAGGAUUUUUUUGUCCUGUGUCACAAUUCUUGUCACCUUCACAUCUUCUAACUAUGAAAAUAUUGUGAAAUUCAAGGUUAAAGAUGUGUCUCAACGAUUUUAAGGGCAAGGGGCAAUCAGCGUUAGCUCAGUGUCAUGUGGGUCAGGUGGUGUCCCUAUGAGCAACCGUGAUCAGUUUAAGUUUCCUCAGUGUCCCUUUGUCUACUUUUUAUUUCUUUGGGGGCCUGGGACUCGGGGUGGCAUUUAUUUGGAUUAUAGCCAAUACCCUUUGGUGUCCAUGUGAGUGUCAUGUUUCAUCUUGAACCAAGGAUUUGAUUGAACAGUAAUUUUAAAUAAAUGCGGCUAUGGGAUUUUGCCCAUAGCCAUUUCAUUGUUUCAGUUUUGGGUUUGUGCAUAUAAUUUAUAAGGGAGAAAAGGCAUAAAAAUACAUAUACAUACAGACAUUCAAUAUAUUACAAAAAUGCUAUUUAAAGGUUAAACAGAAGUAAAUUGUAAGUAAAAGAAUUUAAAGGAUUUUUCUGUCAAGGAAGCUCAAAAAGAAACCUUGGGGCUUAUUAUAAGAGCUCCCUCCCUAACCGAAGACUAAUAAAAUAUAAAGAAUAAAUUAGCGGCGAAAUCAUACUGAACUACAUUUAGGAUAAACUGAAGCAAGCAAAACAAAACGGACAAAACAGACAAAAAGCAGUCAAAAACAUUUCAUGAAAGGGAAAAUUAAUAAACAAAGCUGCUUCUUACCAAUGAAAUAAUUACACGAAAGAAAGAAAGAAAACUAGAAAUUUAGGCAAAUGCUUGCGAAUGUUGCAAAUGUGAUAAAUAAAGAUAAGACAGUCAUUAAAAAAUUCCCUGUUCAUCCAUCGCUAAAAGUUGUGUCUGUUUCUCCCUUCUCAGGCGGCACUUUAUCAUGAAAUCCGGUUCUGGAACUUUUAAAAUUCAGAAGGGCCAAAAAUUGGUAGGAAAUUGUCAUCUAGCUCACAGAGAUAAGAAGGUUUUUGAAGUUCCUGGCUGCAAGGAUGUAAAUGAGUUUGAUCCAACCAGAUUCAAGCAAAAGGUAGGAUGAGUGACUUGGGUCACUUUCUUAAUACAGGGACGCAUUCCCACCCACAGGGCCACCACCUUUUUAUUCUUGUGAAGAUUGCAAUAAUGUGGCUUUUGGUCCGUGGUGCUGGCCUAAAGGAUGGUGUCACAGUGGGACCCCUGUCUUAGACACUUAGUUUAGAUAAUUCAUUCUACCGGGAAAAUCAUGUUUACUUUCAUAUCUUUAUCUGCCUUUCAAAAUAUGUCACAUUUCAUACAAUUAUUUCAAUUCGAGACACUUAAUUCAAACAGUACACUCACAAUACUCACAACUAGUUCUCGAUUGUCCUUGUACCUUGGUCAGUUAGAGCGCUUGUAGAGAUCAGAAGUAGUGAAUUCAAUCCUCGCAAUUUCUUUUUAUUCCUUUUUUAACUCACUUUCCUAUCAGGAAACUGCAGUUCCAAAAGACUUGAAUAGAGCAUGUCUCACUUCUCAGCUCUCAAAAAUUAACCCAAAUUCAAAUUUAAUUUCGCUUUGUGCGAGUGCUACGCAGCUUUGACACUUGGCAGUCACAUAAUCGGAAGAAUGAACUUAUAAAAGUCUUUGUAAACUAUCUAUCAUAUCCGUUAUUUUUUGCAAAAACAGAAAUUAGUUUUGAGGUCUUCUCUUUCGGAGGGUCGUUAUUUUCGGGGAGGGGGGAUCCCUACUUUUGGGAUUUGCUAACACCUGUGACAUUUUAUCGCUACUUUCUAGGGGUCGUUACUUUCGGAACUUUACGGUAUCAAGAUAUUUCUUCUCUCCUAGCGUCAUCAGCGAGUAUAAAACUUCUGAUUAGAGAAGGACCCUCAGAACACCUUGGGCUAAUACUAAUGCUCUCAUGGUAUCUUUCAGGGCCUUAAAUCUAAGCUUAUCUGCUUUCACGGUGCGUUAUCUGAUCCACCAUCAGCUGAUAACCACAAGUGCACUGGGACGGUAAGAUAUAUUGGAUUAAUUAAUAUCAAAUGCAACCAUUGCUACACUUAUCUAUGAUCUAACUAAUAACAGAACAAAAGUUUCUACUUUCUUUUUUUUUGGUUCUUAAACUUCCGUGCCUUCUUUUCCGAAAAUCGCUGUUCCUAUGGCUACAACCGCUGUACAUAAUCCGAUUAAAGACUUAGAUUAGCAUUGACGGUAACUUGUCAAAUUCCUAUAAAUCAGCCUUGUUUAAGGUCCUACUUAAAUUCUCAUCCCGCCUUUUUGAGCGACCUGCGCCAUUAUUUUGGCUUGAUCGAGGUCCAGUUAGUGACAAAGAAAAGCCAAAUACUUCCUUCUAAGAUAUCAUUUGUUAUGCAUUAUAGUCCAUGUAAUAUAAGUUAGAAUUGAGGCAAUAGAAACUUUUGAAUGAGAGUAGAUUCUAUUUUUGCUACAACGCCAGAGUUUAUUUGUUGCCAAUAACAUGCCAUCUUUACACUGCUUAUUUUAAUUUACUAAAUAAAUAUGUAUUUCUUCCUUUCUUUUCAGAACGUCGGAUAUGUGAUAAUUAAGUGUUUUGCUCUUUACUUGAUCAGCUUCUGUGACUGGAAUUUGGAAGAGAAGCCUUACUGGACCGAUAAAUCGUAAGAACAUUUCCUUGUCUGCAAAGCGUAAAUGUUAUUUAAGGGGGGAGUCUAGUUAAAAGCAAUAUUUUUCGUUGAUUUCCACCCUUUUUCUUAAAUAUCUCGCCAAGAUUUCAUUCAAUCCAAAAAUGACUUAUUUAAGUUGCAGUCCUUCAUUCAAUAAUUGUUUGAGAAUUUUUGGAUGAUUUUUCGAAUGUUUUUAAUGUAUAGAAAUUAGGGAGGGGGGGAGAUGUUUAAAAUAUUGAAAAAAUGAAAAAUAUUGGAGUUGAGGGUUGUUAAAAAUUAAAAUAUGAAGUGAUUAAUUGGUAGACGAUUACCAGAUAGUCCACCACCACAACAAGGUGCCUCUGAUCCGAUUAGCGAACUAACUGGUUUAUGUGUAUAGCCCAUUCUACCCUCAUAUAUAUCCUUCCUAAAUCAACAUCAUUUCCCCCAAAUUUUAACCAGUCUCCCCCGUUAAAGUGUGCCUGUUUUCUUUAUCCUGAUUCAUUUAGCAGUUCAGUUGCCGAUCUUGGUGAGCGGCCCGAACUCCCCGCCACCUUCCCUCCCCCCAACCUACCAACCAGCCCCUAUCUGACAUUAUAUUUAGACUGAAACCGAGGCCCGCACGAGGCGUCUAGUUACGGUUAGAGACCCGUCACAACGACUGAAUCCAGUCCGCAAAUAAAGCUUGUCCAUCGAGAAAGGUGUAUUGUCGAAUUGACUGCCUAGUUGAUUAGACUUCGCGAAUGACUAACUUGCUGGAAAAAAGAAUUCAAAUUGUCUCAAAUUCGGUCUCAAAUUGUUUCCUCUUUUUCGCGGAUUUGUUUCUCAGCCACCUGAACAAAUCCAAUCGAUUGAAAAAAAAGGAAAGAAAGAAAGAAAAAAGAAAACUUGCGAUCAAAAUCCCGCUAGUUAUGUAGGGUUUAUUGUAAUCCUUUUUAGAAUAAUAAAAUUCAUAUACAAUUGUUGCGCAAAUCUCUUUUCAGACUGGUCCGUUACGGAAAUCCAGACGAACCUAUCCGCCUGAAAUACUUUAAAUACACAAGAGAUAAGGUAAGAAUUUUAUUACGUUUUCAACUUUUAAUGGAAGAGGUUUUGCAGAUAGGUUUGGUUUAAUAGUCUUAUCACAAGAUUUACAAGUGACUUGGUUUGCUAAAAGUUACAUAUUUUCACGCCUUUGUCACUUGAUACAUCUCAGGCGUGCCAUGCUUGUAGGAUUUCAAGGGAAAUAAUCACGGCUCGAAAAAUAUUAGCGUAUACAGUCGACUCUCUCUUAACGGACACCUCUGUAAAACGGACACUUAGAGUUGGUCCCUGCCUUUCUUUACUCCCUCUAUUUGACUCUCUAUAAGACGGACAUCUCUCUAAGACGGACACUUAGUGCAGGUCCCAAAGAUGUCCGUCUUAGAGAGAGUUGACUGUAUUUCCUAAUUAAUCAGUUUUAAUCAAUUAUUAUCAUUGGUAUGAAUUUUUUUCGUCAUUUCUUUCUUAUUCUGUACCUUCCAGAGGUUAUAAUAAGAGAAUAAUGGAUCUUUAUAUGUUUCUGGCAUUUUCCCGUGGUUUUCAGUAUGCAAACAUGGUACAGUCAACUCUCUCUAAGACGGACACCUUUGGGACCUGCACUAAGUGCACGUGUCCGUUUUAGAGAGAUGUCCGUCUUAUAGAGAGUCAAAUAAAGGGAGUAAAGAAAGGCAGGGACCAACUCUAAGUGUCCGUUUUACGGAGGUGUCCGUCUUAUAGAGGUGUCCGUUAAGAGAGAGUCGACUGUAAGCAUAAGCAUAAACAAGAUUGACCUCGAUUUCCUGUAUUGGCAUGCAGAUUUUAUCUGUUUUUUACCCACUGUGAAUCCACUUGACUUUGAGUUUAUCCCUUCAGUCCUGGAUGGCUGAUAUGGUGUGUAAGGUCUAUCGGAAGUGGAACUAGGGGAGGGGCCCAGGUUCCCGGCCCUAAUAUCACUAUUAUUACGAUCAGUCAGCACGCUGCAGAUCAAUACAUUUUAUUAUUGUCCUUUGCGACCCCAGCUUACGCCACAGACGUAACUAAGUCCGUCUGCGAAACAGCACCGAAGUCCUUCUUCUGGGCCCCCACCUACGUACCAGUCCGCGCUAUGAUUGGCCUGUUAAAAAGCCAUUGUCGAUUUGCCAAUCAAAGUGAAAGGAAAUUCGAAACGCACUUCCGGUAAUUCAUUGAGUCCGUUGGGAGCCCAGAACAAGGAUAUCUACAAUGCUUUGCAGAAGUUACUAACCGAGGUUAAGUAACGUCUGCGACACAGGCUAACUAGCCCCAAGCCAAGAAGGUUUGGUUGCAGCUCAGUUUUAUGUAGUAAUUUGUAACUAUUUCUUUUUGCAAUAAAUAAUGAAGGUUUUGGUUUCGAUUGUCUGGUUUAAUUCCACUUCUUAGGAAGAACUGCUGCUACCCGAUCAGCCUGAUAGUUCAAGUACUGAGGAGGAAGAGGCUGAUGGUCCACCACCGGAUAGUGAGUGCCCUGUGGACGAACCAGAUGCUCAGGGAGCCUGCCCGAUUUAACAUGUGAACAACUGUGAAUACCAAAGCUUGCUAGAUAGAAAUUUUUGUGGUAUAGUACUAUGGAACAGUACAGAGACUUUUUCUUCUGCUGUUUGUUUGCUAAGACGCGAUGCACGUCGAUAAGGCCCAUGAACAACUAAAUGUAUUUUCCUACUAACAGUAAGCCAACUGAUAAACGGAGAGUUAUAACGCGUCAAGGCUAAAGCAUUGUUUUCAUUUAAGGAUUUUGUGGCUAUAGGUUUUCAGGGAUUACCUAAAAUCAUCUGGCAUCUUAUAAUGUUAGUCAUUGCCUCGUGAAACAGUAUAUUUUUUUGUUUAAUUCUUUAUUGCUUUAAUAAGAACUAUUAGAACUGUCCAAUUAUACUCGCUCCAAUCUUGAAAGCAGUGACCGCUCUACUGUGGAAAUGUUAAACUUUUUAAAGGGACUGGGGCCCGUUUCUCGAAAGUCCCGAUAAUUAACUGGCCCGGUAAGCUGUCUCCGUUUACAUUAAAGAUCGAGGUUUCAAUAGUUUUGCAUCUAGCAUGAUAAAACUAUUAGUUAGUGAAACAAAAUGGAGUAGUUUGCUAGCCAGUACCCGCGCUCUUAUUCUUUAUAUUUCGAUUUGAAUAUUUGAUUUCGGGCCCGAAAAGUUACCAGGACUUUCGAGAAACGGACCCCUGGACGGUACAUAUCCGUCCGUUUUUUUUAAGUUUGGUCAGUUACGUACUAGGAAACUUCAAUUUCUGUCCUGAUCCGUUCCUUCUAUUGUAUUUACUGCCGGUGCUGUUAUAUGCUCCUUCACUGUUUUAAGCUCAUUGUCUUUUUCUUUUAAUAUUUAUAUCAUUUGAAAUUCGAAACUGUAAACUAAGAUAUUGGGGGUACCAAGGGUCAGCAUUGCACGAUUCCAGUUUAUUUUCUAUGCAUAUCUACAUGGAAACAUCGUAUUUAAGUGAACAAGUGUUAAUAAACAUUUUACUGAUGUUGUCUAUAUAAGCAGUCACAAAUUCCAGCCAUUUUUGAAAAAAAAAUGUUGUUUUCAUUUGAGUUGAUUUUUCUAUUGCUGCGUCACCACUAAUGAACGAAACGAAUUAAGAAAGAAAUGGAUUAAGUCGAUAAUGGAAGGACAACAGACGUGUCUCGUUACAUUUCAGUGUUAUUAACAUGUUAACAGUUAUCUGAUUUCGAUUCGUAAACAUCUUGAUGCAUUUUUUCGCCGUGUCUUUUAAAAGACCGGGGUCAAACACCAGACUCCACAUGAACCGCACUCGGUUAACUUCGACUUAUUUUAAGUGCGCCGUUUGACCCAGUUAAGUGCGGUUGAUGAAUUGGAUAGUGGAUCGGGUGUUGGAUGGGAUAGCGGAUCGGUCCAUGAAUCGGAUAUCGGAUCGGUUUAUGGAUCGGAUAACGGAUCAGUUUAUGGAUCGGAUAUCGGAUCGGUUUAUGGAUCGGAUAUCGGAUCGGUUUAUGGAUCGGAUAUCGGAUCGGUUUAUGGAUCGGAUAUCGGAUCGGUUUAUGGAUCGGAUAUCGGAUCGAUUUAUGGAUCGGAUAGCGGAUCGGUCCAUGGAUCGGAUAUCGGAUCGGUUUAUGGAUCAGAUAGCUGAUCGGUUUAUUGAUCGGAUAUUGGAUCGGUUUAUGGAUCGGGUUUUGAUCGAUAUGCCGAGGCGCUCAUUGCGCCCUCUCCAGGCCCAAAGAACGCGUCAGCCGAUCCAAACAUAAUCAGCAUAAUUAGCUUUACUGGGUCAAGGGGAGAAAACCCCUCACUAACCUCACAUGAGCCGAACGCAAUUCAAUUUGUCUCAGUACACGGCUAAAAAGAUCCAUCCAGGUUCUUGUUGUUGUUGUUUUUGUGUUUGUGUUUUUUUUUUUUUCAUAAAUUAAAAAAAGACCAGACAGCGACUAUACAUCGACACUACUAGAAAAAACGCCUUAAAAUUAGUAAAGUUGCCAUGUUUGUAAAUAAUUUGUUGAAAACUGACGAAGAUAUAGCUUCCCAAAAGUCGCAUUAUUAUCCAGAUGUUUGUAUGGUGAGGAUUCCCACUAAAAACAAACGUCUGUAAAAUUUCGUGACUUUGCCGAGCCAUAUCUUCAUUACUUUGCGGCGGCGUUGACGGAUGUCAGUUGUCUUAUUGGUCCCAAUCAAAUGUGACAAAAACGAGGAACAACGGUUCUAUUAAGUUCAGCCGUUUGACCCAGCGGUGGAACUUAACAAUUUAGAGUGACUCAAACUGUAAAUUAGUUUUGGUUUGUGUGAAUUCGGCGUUCUGCCUGAGCCUUACAAAUCAAAACGCGGAGCGUAUUAAUCUUAAUACAGACAUGGCAAAAUCCUUUUUUAAAAGAAGGCCAGCGUCUAAAAAAGGAGCCAUAUCAAAAAAUCAUGUUAGGGCUUUUUUUCCUGCGCUCUGUCCUCACUUUAACGCGCAUGCUUUCCUUUUGCGCCUCCUCUGCCCUCCUCUAAAUCCGCCCAUUGAGAUAGUAUGCCAGGUACAUUGCUAAUACGGUAAAACCUCUAUUAAGCGGUCAUUCCGGGACCUUCCCAAGUGUCCGCUUAAUAGAGGUUGUAAAAAUUGCGCAAUGUUUGUUAACGAUCAACAUUCAACGGUUACUCUGUACUGUGAUAAAGUUGCAUGUUGUUUAAGAAGCCGUCUAGAGUUUAAGUUCAUUACCUUUCAUUACCAACUUUAAUUUGUUUGUAAAUGCAUGCAAAAACAUUAACUGACUUCAGUACGUAUUUCAAGGACGUAAUCCAAUGCUACUAUUGUCAAUUCAGUCCAGUGUCCGCUUAAUAGAGGUUUUUAACAAUAGAAAUUAACCAAAUACAACUUUUUUUUAGUGUCCGCGUCCGCUUAAUAGAGGUGUCCGCUGAACAGGGGUUCGUUAUAAAGGGAAAUAUCAGACGUUCGUUAGUGUCCGCUUAAUUGGGGGUACGCUUAAUACAGGUUUUACUGUACAUAAAGAAAUCUUGAAUCCUGGUACUCCAGAUUGUUUGGCAAAUGAGUUAGAAAGUGGAGUCCGCUCGCAUUUCAUUGUCUUUAGUGUUCACUAUCGCAUGGCAUAAGGGUUAUCACAUGGGUAGUUUAGAAAGAAGAUUUUUUAAUCAGGCUAACGGAUAAGGUUAAUUGACCAAGGUCGCUGACGUUUUAUCAAAAUACGUUUUGCAUUUGCUGGUUUUUUAAUCAAACUAAAAAACGUCGCAAAAAAAAUCGGAAUUCAUUCCAAUACAAGACAGAGGGGGUUUAUAACCGGAGGCAUUUUAAUCAGAUGUAUUUUUUGUCUGCACGUAGAUGGGGCGAUAACUAGCGGAAGGUGGGGCGGAGGGGUGGGAGUGCUUAAAAGCGCCAGCUUAAGCCUAGUUCUCAUAUGCGGCCGAUGUAUCUGCGACGUAGCCAUCGGUACCUGGCAUGGGCUACUUCUUCGAGGAAUGAGAACAUGCGCCGCCGGCAACUAGAGCCAUAGCAGGGCUUUACCGCCGGCAUGCCCGCGAAGUUGAACUCGAGUCAACUUCGCAGGUAUGGCGGAGAUAAAGACUGGGGUGACCAAUGUUGCAGGCCCCUUCCGUUCUAGCUCAUAUCGGAACAGUUUCCAAGGCAGUACCGGCGACCAUGUUGCAGGUGUAUCGGCGGCAUAUGGAAACGAGUAGGACGAGCGGCAAAGAGGGUGCUCGAUGUAAUUCGCGUUGACGGCUUUCAAGCAGCUGGGGCUCCGACUGUCUCCUGAGUGCACCGAUCCCUCUUUCCAUUUACCCCAUUACUGUCGUGAACACAGUAGCACCAACAACAGUUUGCCGCAAAACCGUGCACAUCCAUUAGCGCUUCAGCAGGAUACUCUUUGGCUUAAGGGUGUUGCCAUGGCAAUUAUUUAUGUUGCAUUAGUGUAUUUUUACGUAAUUAUGCUUCCGAGCUACCUUCCCGCACUGCGUUUUUUCCACGGUAUGGAAGAAGACAACAACAUGUAUGAUCUGCUUAACGAUUAUUUAGAUACUUUGAAUGUAUAAGCAAUGCAUAUCAACAAGUCCAGACUUCUCGCUUAUUAGUCUUAUUAGAAACGUUUACCACAAAGUACUUCAUGUCGUGAUCAUAUCGCAAUUGCGUGCGACGAAAACUCAGCAUUCAUAAAUUUUCUUUGUUCCUCCAGAACACUCAAAGUUAUGCGAAAAAUCCGUCAGGCAGAGCUCUUAUAUUAUAUGAUUAUACUGAAAGCGUUCGAUCUCUUUAUUGCCAGAUCGCCUUUCUAGUUCUGAGGUCGUGAAGAAGCUGAGUUUUCCAAACUUUUUAUUAAAUUUUAUUUCUAAUUCAUUAUUUCUUUCACUCAUAUAUUGGCUUGACUUCAACAACACAACAACAAAUCAAGCGAAAACAAUUUCUUUAGCAGUAAAGUUUCCUGCUUCAAAAAAACACAAAUGUCUUUUCCUUUUUCCUCAUUAAAGUAGCAUGCGCUUGGUUUAGUUCUAGUUCUUCAGUUAAUGUAUCUUCUGCUGAGAGACUCAAGUGACUUUGUCAGUUUUGAGGCUGUGUAUUUGUUUGUCUCGGCAAUUGAAUGCAAGAAGCCAUAGGAGCGGUAGCUUCCUAUCCGAGUGGGUUGCUUUUAAUUAUCCGCAUUACAAGUUUACGCAACAACUGUUUUCUUGAAUUGCAAAUUUCUUUUGUUGUUUUAAGUAUUCACUAGAGGGAGCAAUUUUAAUGCAAAUUUUGUCACCCCUCAGAUCAUGUUUAUCGGGUAAAAAUGAACAGAUUGCAAAUGGUGCGUGUAAGUUUGUCACAAGAUUGCGGACAUAGUGGCAAUAAAAUCAUGCCUGCAUAAUCGAUAAUGACCAAUUAAGAUCGUUCGAACGGCAGGUAAGAGGACCAUUUUACAACAUGCAAACCGCAUGGGAAUUUCAAUGUUAAGUGUGAAUUACUUAGCUAUGUGCAGCGGUUUUAUGACUUGACAACACAAGGGCAAACAAGUUCAGCGAAGUUUCAAGUGUUCUUUUCUUUUCUUUUGCGAAGUUCUAUACAGCACUAUGCAAGUUUCUCCUACUUGUGAAGUGAAAGAAGUUCCUGGGCAGGAUAGAUGGAAGUUUCUGCAUAUUUUUCAACUGAUCAGGGUACGUACUAAAUUCCCCUGCAAUGGCACAGUCGAUUGUAAUUUACAUUGUCCUUGUUCGAGGGAAGACGCAAGAUAGUUACGUCUUUUAGUGUUGCUUCCUUUAACACAAACUUAGAAUUAAGGGCCAAUAAGGCACUUUAUAAACGAGCGGUUUGCUCUUUACUGAUGAAAGUUUCAAAGCUCAGAUUUGUCAUUAUUUCUUCGCGACUGAAAGCAUUUUACACUGGGAAACGUCGUGUAACUAUUUUAUUGUGUAAUUAAAUUUGAAAUCUCCCUUAUUCCUUGCAAGUUUUCUUAACAGCCUUAGAUUAUAGCGUCAUCAAAUCGAAAAUAGUGACUUCAGCGUCGUCAUGUUCAUGUCAUGAUUUUUUUAUCCCACGUUAUUGUGUUAUACCGUGUUAAUGGCACCAAACGUCAUUAUACAUGCUAAAGAAAUGGCUAUACAUCACUGAACUACGUACGUCUGUCGUUACCAAGGUAAACAAGAAACUGCCAUAAAAUUCUUUUAUUGUUUCUGUUGUUUACGAAUCGAAAAUGCAAUUCUGUGUCGGUCAUUGCCAAAAAAGCCAGUGUACAAAAUCAGCUUAACCAAGCCAUUGUACUCUGGCCUCUGUUAUAAAAUUUGCCUUAAAUUGAUUUUUUUAGUGUAGAAUUUACGUGUCAUAUGAGGUUUAGGUAUACUGUAUUUGAUAAAGUCGUUGUGUUUUAUUAAAAACCAUGCUUGGUAACAAUGAUCAGCGCUCCGCCAAGCAAAUUAUCUUUCGAAAGACAAACAUGUACCUCUAAAAUAAACAGUGUACAAAAUCAGCUUAACUAAGCCAUUGUACUCUGGCCUCUGUUAUAAAAUUUGCCUUAAAUUGAUUUUUUUAGUGUAGAAUUUACGUGUCAUAUGAGGUUUAGGUAUACUGUAUUUGAUAAAGUCGUUGUGUUUUAUUAAAAACCAUGCUUGGUAACAAUGAUCAGCGCUCCGCCAAGCAAAUUAUCUUUCGAAAGACAAACAUGUACCCCUAAAAUAAACAAAGUCCAAGUGGAUUUGUUAGUUUUUAAUUUACAGCAACUGCUGCUACUGCUACUGCUACUGCUACUGCUACUGCUACUGCUACUGCUACUGCUACUGCUACUGCUACUGCUACUGCUACUGCUGCUGCUACUGCUGCUGCUACUGCUACUGCUACUGCUACUGCUACUGCUACUACUACUACUACUACUACUACUACUACUACUAUUACUACUACUAUUACUACUACAUCUCCACUUCUUCCCUAGACAACUGCCAUUAUUAUUAUCAUCAUCACAUCUAAACACAUGAAAGAGCACAUCAAGAAGGAUUCUAACAGGCAUUUUGUCGAAACAUUCUGAAAAUUCUGAACUUAAGCCAAAUUUUAACACUGGAGAGAGUGGAGUUUUCGAUCGAUACGACAAUGACAUAAACAUGUCAAAAAUCCACGACUGCGAACGUAAUUCGUCACCCAUGAUAUAAUGAUAAUUAAGUGGUACACCCGUGAAAUUAGGAAAUAAGUUCACUUGCGUUUUGCCCAAAUCCUAAUAAUUUCCCGAGCCUUGGAUGGAUAAAACGCGGGGCACUCUUCCCCAUUACGUAAGAUACACUUUUUUAGUGCGAGCACAAAAGAACAACUGACUUUGUUGUCACUUAAUUAUCCGAACUUACAUACAUACAUACAUACAUACAUACUUUAUUGACUUUCCCAAGGGGCUUUUCAAAGACAAUACAUGAUCCUAUUUACAAUUAAAAAAUGUUUUAAAAUAUAUAUAAAAUUACAAUUCUUUAAGUAAUUUAGUACGUAAACGAGUUUUAAAAACAUCAAUCGAGUUACACAGUUUAAAGGAAUUGUCUAAGGAGUUCCAUAAGUUCACAGUUCUAUAGAAAAAUGUUCUCUGACCGGCAGCUGUUCUUUUUCAGCUGUUUUCUCCAUCGAUUAAUUUAAUACCCAUCGAAGCGUUAAAAAAUGUUCAGCAGAAUGCUAUCAAAAGGGUCGCAAAUAUUUUCAAGAUAUUACAGAAUCGCUUUCCUCCAACCCUACCAAAGAUUAUUGUACCACGUACAGAGCCUAUUAAGCAGCCGGGCGCGGGUAGGGUCGGCAUAGCAGCCAUAUAUAACAAGAUAUUGGCAACAUAUUGUCAAACAGCACAAUGCGAUAUUUGCCGUCUACAAAUCGACAGGCACUGUUAUGCAUAUCCAGGCCUUUCAAGAAAGUUAUUGAUUGGCAUUUGAUUUACUUGAAAAACAAACAAUUGUUUCAAAAAAUACUUGAGUAUAUAUUCAAUUACGUCAAACUACUCGUAUGUGACGUUAGUUCUAACAAAGACAAACUUCGCCAUUUUAUGAUUAAUUCAAUUUUUCUUGGUUGCUCUUGUCGUGAAAACCACUAAAAGAUUCCUAAGUCUUACCGUCUUUAGGCCGAUCUUGUCAGUUUUUUUCCGCAAGUUCAUGAAGUAAUUUUGUACAAGCUGACAUUUGAAAAUUCCCGUUACAAAUUAUGAAUUUUUCCAGGUUUAUAGACCCUCUUUAUAGUUGUUUAUAGUCAGUAAACAAUUACCUGAACAUAGUCUAUUGAGUCAAUACGUAGAAACUUAUAAAAUAAUUAGCGUGUACCCAUUCGACACUGGACGCUAAUUGCCAGGAUUCACUUUCAAAUUCAGUGGUCAUCAAUCAUCCUCUGUCUGCUUGGUUAGAUAGAAUCGUUCUAAUAGUUCCUUUAUAUGCAUAAUAUAUACUGAUUCAUGGCAAUUGCAAAGAAAAGCUAAUAUGGCCUCUCGUACUACUACAAUUAAUGUCAAUAAUAAUAAUAUAAUGACAAUGAUAAUAAUAAUAAUAAAUUUUGAAAAUAAACUUAGGUGUGUUGUAUUGCUGAAAAGACAGAAGUAAGCCACAAAACAGCAAAACACCAAAAGAAAACGUUGCAUUCUGCGGUUAACUUAACAACGACCGAGACCGAUUCUGUUUGGACCUAAGUGUCACUUUUAAUUAAAUUCAGGAAACAAAAAAGUGAAUAAAUGAAGUGACCAUGAAUAUUAAAUGUGAUUUUGUCAGAUGUUACGUUAAUUUUAUUAUACCUGGGAAUUUUACAACCAGGUUUACAAUUAAGUAAUUAUUUUUCAUUUGUUUCGUUAUUUAAUAUGUGUCUAUUUUUUUUAGACGGGCCAAGGAUACUUUUACAAGAGAAAAAAGAAAUAUGGAUCGGUCUUCAGGGUGAACAUGGGUGUCAAGGGGGUCCACAUCUGUGACAGAACAGGGAUCAAAGUCCUUUUUGACAUGGAUAAGGUUGGUAAAUCAGAGGUCUUCGUCUCUUAUUAAAAUCAUCUAAUUUUAACGUUGUUGCGUGUCUUCUACACGAAGUGUCGCUGUUUUACUUAGAAAUUAAAUUCAGGCUUUUAACGUUGACUGAUUCUCAAUUUCCUUUCUCUCCUACCCCUCAUUCAUGAAUAACUAGGAAUAGGAGACAUAGGAAAUGGAGAAUCAACCUAGGUUGAAAAAUUUUAAGCUGAAUUUAUUUUUGACCAGUAACAUCGCCAUUAACAGAAAAUUGGCAUCAGCCAGGCAAUUGCAUACUGGCUUCUAGACAUGGCACAUGAGCGAUACAUCUCCUUCAAACAUCGUUUACAAGACAACCAGCUAGACAAUUUUUUAACAAGUUUUUGUUUUAGUUGUUGAAUCUAUUGCUAUUAAAAUGGAGGGGGGCGAUGUCAUACAUAUAUUUCCAUGUAAAAAGAUUAAGGUUAUAUUCACACUAUACUGGAUAACUUUUUGCGCCGGCGCGAAAAUAAUACCGGAUAGGUCUUCUCUUCUGUUGACACAAGUACACUGUAAGAAAGGUGAGUUUGGCGCGAUUUCUGUAGUGGCUCGAAGCUGCACUGCUCCGAUCUCGAAAUUGGAGAGUCACAUAUGGGAUAAGUAGUUAUACUAUACCGGAGAGCCUCUCAUGUCGUCUAGUGUCAGUAGCGGAUCCAGGGGGGGCGAGGCCUGCCCCCUUCUCCCCCCCACACACUUAUUUUUAGACCAGACUAAGGCCCAUAGGGCUGAAAAAAAAUUUGGAGACCGGGCUCCCCCUUAUUUCAGGGUCUGGAUGACCGCCCUCCCCCCCACCCCCCCAACACCCUUAUCUCAAGAUCUGGAACCGGCACUGAGUGUGAACAAGCCUAAGAAGGUACACGUCGUUUCAGUUUGUGAAGUAGGGCGCCAAUUUGGUAUGUUACUAAUAAUUUUAUAUCAGUGAAACCUCCCUUAAGAGGACACCCUCGACAAAUGAUUUCAAUCAGGUGUCAGUUGUAAAAACGUCCCGGCCUUUUCGGAGGGGUGUUCGCUUAAGGGAAGUAAAAACUGUUAGUGUUUUUACGGUACUUGUGGACAAGGACUAUAGCGUCGGCUUUAAUAAUGCAUAGGUGCCUUUUAGCGGUUCGAUUCUCUGGAGCUCCUACGCUAAUAUCAGUUUGGUUUCAACUAACAUAAUAAACAAGACAACCUUUUUUUUGUCAGAUUUACAAGGAGCCUGCUUUUGGACGACUGAAUUAUAACAUUUCUCUAUUGGAUGGUUAUACACCUUCAAUGUUUUCAAAUGGAGUUCCUCAUGAAAAACAAAAGACAUUCCUCAUGCAGAUUUGCAAAAUAGCUCAGAGGAACAAAAUAUUUGAAACAAGUAUCAGAAUCUUCAAAGAAUAUUCCAAGAUAUGGCAAAAUGCAGGUAUUUUUUUCUUCUUUUUUCUUUCCGCAGCGCAUAGAACAGAAUCAUGUCGGAGAAUAACAUAAUGAUGGUUUUUCACUGUCGCGCCAUCAAAAAAGAAACCGUUCAAUGUGUAUAAAUUCUAGAAUCUGGGAAAUGAAAAGAGGUAAAUACACAAAGAUACUCGGGCCAAAAUUCAGGCCAGUACCUUUUCCAUAUGCGAAAAAUAUUCGCAGAAAUGAGUUACCGAUAUUCAGACUCUAUUUAUGGAACUUUGCAUGGAUACACUAUGUGUCCAUGCGGAGGGUACAUACGCUGAUGGGCAGAAACCAACAGAAACAUCUGUCACUGAGUUUUACUACGAAAGUGUGAAUUCAUCUGUCGAAGAACUCAUAAACAUUUAAGUUAUAUAUUAUUAUUUUCUAAUACAAUAAUUGUUCAGAUAGUAUAAUUCUCCUCAAUAUGACAACUCUCUCGGUCACCAAGCAAAUGUCUCGCCAUGCGAAAGCUCAGAAAUUCAAGCGUACUGUACCACAAAACGAAAAACCCUUUCGAACUGAAAAUUUUUACAAAUACCAGUUUUUAAUUGUUGUAAUAUUUCACGAAAGUAAAAAAUCAUGAGGAUUGAUAAUUCUUUUGUUCGAACUUUGAUGAGGUCAUGUGAAAACCACCAAUACUCUUUCCACUGACGCCUUCGUGCUGCGCGGCUUGCAAGAAUAUCCACCUGUAAGCCAGAGCUUUUUACUUAUUCGCUAUACUAAUUUAUCUACAGAUCAUAAAAUGGAGAAUAAAUGGGAAUUGAGCAUUAUGAAUCUAACGAGUGACAUUUUCAUGGAAGCUUUCUUUGGAUGUAGAGUAGAUCCAAAUUCGAUGUACAAAUGUUUGAAAGGAAGCUGGCAUAAAGGAAGGUUUGUUUUCCGUAUAAAGUUAACGCAGCCCAUAGAGUUAAAAAGUGAAUAAGCACACAAACCAGACAUAAUCAAAACCCUUUAGGGUAAUUUUGCAUUAAUUUGCUUUCAUUGUAAAAGGUAAAAAAAGUAGAGAAGAAAACCUGUUCGUUAUAUAAGACAAAGUAAUCCCAACUGUAGCCGAAAGAAAAAAAAUCAAAACAAAAGCUUUCCGAUCCCAAAAAUAAUUUUGCAAAAAAUAAUAAAAAGAAAGUUCCAUUUUGGAUUACUUUUAAGUAUCUUAUCUGGGACUCAAUAAUACAGACUCUGAGAAAGGGAAAAUGCUUAAUAGAAGCAUUCUGGAUUUGUUGCUCAGUCUUCCUCAGUUCAGUCCGUUCAUAAUGUAGAGACAUCUUUUGUGAAAAAGUUAAUGUUCUUGUUUACUCCUCUGUACCUUGAUAGGGUGGAUUAUGUGAAAGCUAAAUGUUAUCAUUAUUAUUUGUUUUUUUCCAUUUACAAGCUGAAAGCUUACAGUGGAAGCAUUGUCUAGAAAACGGAAUGAUUUACACGGCGCGUAUCACCAAAAUCCAAGUUGACCUGAUAAAUGAUUCUCUUAUUCGAAUUUCAUAAGGUUUAUGAUCCCCUCUGAACAAUCAGUCGCAGAGGGGCUUGAAACACUGUACGUCCCAGGCCAAGGAUGUUUUUCAUAUUAGACUUCGCAUAUGUGCUGAUAGGUUUUUACUCAUACAUGCCGGCAUCACGGUUACAUCGAUUCCGAGAUCGUACUUAACUCCUAACAUGAAAACUUUCAAUGGAGGAGUGUCUCAGACAUUUUGCAAACCAGUAAAAUAAUAACAAACGGAUAGUACAGCUGAUUCCUAUUCUGAAUAGUUUGCAUUUGCUUUUUCGUUUUUAGUACCUUAAAGAACGCACUGGCAGCAGCUAGCUGUUUAAAACAAGCCCUCAGAGAAAGCCCUGCUGUGGCAGAAAUUCUCCGAGUCGGAGUCCAGGCUGGAAUCUCAGAGGAACAAGCCCUGAUGGAUAUGUUAUUCAUGCUCAAGUAAGUAAUUGAGUACUUUUCAAGGUAACGCUUAUAACAAUAAUUAGUACUGUGCAACACUAAUGCCAAAGAAGUUUCUUUUAAUCGUUAUCUCGCCACAUAAUUUUGUCCACAAUCUCAAAAUUCCAGGUAGAAAAGUAGUUGAUGUAAUUACAACUGACUCCUGGAUGUCCAAGUAGGGCUUCCUGAUUUCGGUAUGUUAACGUGUGGAAUUUCUCAAGGAUCAAUUCUUGGUCCACUGUGGUUCAUUCUAUUUAUAAAUGACCUUCCCUUAAGCCAGCUGUACUCAAGGCCCAGAAUGUAUGCGGAUGACACCACUUUAACGUGCUCAGCUGAAGAUGCUCAUGCCUGAUACCUUACUAGUGAAAAUGAAUUCUGACCUAAACAAAAUUCAGACAUGGCUUAAGGUGAAUAAGCUUAUUCUAGAUGUCAAAAAGUACCAAAGAGUCGUUCCAAACUUGAACUACUGUCAGAUAAUUUCACAGUUAAGGUUUCUAAUGUACCCAUAGAAAGGGUCACUGUUUAUAAAUCUCUUGGAAUCUCAAUUGAUGAAAAUCUCUCGUGGAAAGCACACAUUGAUGAGAUUUCAAAGAGGAUAUCAGCAGGCCUGUCGGUUUUUGUUCUAAGACGUGUAAGUCGAACCAUGUGCAAAGCUCUCAUCGCGCUCUAUUUUGAUUACUUCAGCUGUGUAUGGGAAUAUAUAGGGAAAGGAUUAUUAGCAAAACUUCAGCAACUCCAAAAUAGAGCUGCUAGAACAGUGACUUUAUCAAAUUAUGAAACGCGAUCUAAAUAUUUAUUGGAUGAACUGGGAUGGGAGGUACUAGAAGAUAGAAAAGUAAGACAACUCGCCGUAUCUGAGAAAUAUUUUUGUGAAUGACUCUGACUGGAUGGUUCACUGUUAUAACCUAAGAAAUCCAUCAGUUAACUCCUAUGUUCCUAAACCUAAGUUACAAACAGGGAAACAUAGCCUUCACUACAGAGGGUCCCCCGGAAUAAACUCUCAAUAGAAGCAAGAGAGCAGGGGAUCCUGAAGUUACUGUAAUUUUUAAUCUUCCUAUUAUAGUAAUGUUGUAAUUUUAAUAUUCUCAACUAAUUGCGGCUCACUGGAAGACCACUGUAAAUGUAAAUGUGACUCCGUAUUGAAAUCGAGAUUUGACGAUGAUGAUGAUGUACAUUCGCCUAAGUAAUUUGCGUUUCCUACAGUAAGUUAUAUAAAAAAAAUUGUUUUCAUCUGAGGAAUUUCCAUCGAAAGAUAACUCUUGCUUCUUUUAUUGCAGUUUCAACGCCUAUGGUGGAGUGUCUGGUGCACUGCGAACGUGUAUUGCAAGGUUAUAUAUAUUAGAAAACGAAUACAAAGAUAGAAUGAAAAGAGAAAUUAUAACAGUGAUGUCAAAUGGCCAAGAAUUUAGCAAAGAGUCUUUAAAAGAAAUGCCACUUUUGAAAAACUUUAUCCUUGAAGUCCUACGCAUGCAUCCACCAGUACCGGUCUUCUUCGGCCGAGCAAGGUAAGCGGCGCAAUCCUUUUUCGAAAAUACUGUGACACUUUUUGAGGCAUUCCAGCGUAAGGUUAUACGGUGCACUGUGAAGUAUUUGUACUUUCCCUUCGCACCCACAUGAUUGCAUCGCGGGCAUGCGCACUAGGGAGACGAUCAAAGACGCGUAUGCAAGCUCUAUUCAAUGACAUGGUACGGUGUAAAGCUACUAUCCGCCUGCCAGAACAAAGACUAUAAAGUCCUAAUUAUUAUGAGCGAAAACGACCCCACAAAUCUAAGCCUCUAUGAGGCAUUUUACAUAAGAAAGCACAAUCCUGCCCUCAAUUCCCCUGAGGAACGUAGAGAAUUCGCGGACCUUCUGUUUAAGAGUGUUUAAGUAUUUUAGAGACUAUUUUUUUGAAUUUCAAGAGACCUUUGCCUAGAGACACUCAGUCAAGUAGACCGUUGUACUUUAUUCAUUUUCCAGUUUUUAUUAUUAUUUCUAUACCUUUUAUACAUACUUUACGUAAUUUUUACGCUUUUUCACAGUUUACCUUUCAUCUAUUUUGUAUUAAGCCCCAUGCGGAAUAAUUUCUCAUCCCCGAUGAUGCCAUUGAUCGGCGAAAGCUUGGAUUACAAUUUUUUUUAUUUUUAAUUUUAUUUAACAGCAGUUUAAGGCCUCAUUUGAACAAGAUUUUUAUUGGUUUCCGUUUAAGUGAAUCAGCCAUGCAAAUAUCUGUCUUUGCUAGUGUUGUCAAGAACAUCCCGAAUGAGCUCUCAAGUGCCAGGUGUUCUUGGAACUGAUCUGACCAUAUAGGGCAUAAAAUGGUAUCUCUAGCCCUAGAGAUACCAUAAAAAUAUAUUCCAUAAAAACUAAGUCUUAUUUUUAUUUAUUACAACAGGGAUAACCUAAAUCUCGAAACAGAUUCCGAAAAGUUCCGAGUAAGGAAAGAUGAGCUUCUUGUGGGAAACGUGCACAUGGCGCACAGAGACGAGAGUAUAUUCGAUCAGCCGGACACAUUUAUGCCUUCUCGUUUUGAAAAUAAGGUAUAAGCAGGAUAAAAAAGACGUUAAAAAGCUCAUUGAUGUUUUAGUAUUUUAUUCCUUGCCUCCUAAUAAUCCUCGUUCUUCAUAAUCUAGGAACCUGAAAAUUAAUUCGUUGUUUUCACUCUUUUAUAGGCAUUAAUAAAUCAUAUCAUAUUUGGAUAUGGGCCCUUUAACGAAGAGGCGACUGCCCAAAAUCAUCGCUGUCCUGGACAGGUAAUGUUCAAUUGAAUAAAGUGUCUAAUGCAUGGUUCAGUGCGUUGUUUUUACACAAAGUUGGUGUUAAAGUCUGGGCCAGACCGAGAAAAAGACUGAGAGGCUGAAACAAUGCAUAAUUCAUUCAUUAAAGAUGUAAAAGUGAACUUCUCUCAAGGAUGACUCAAUUCCAGAAGCCCCAUAAAAAUAUCUACCUCAGUAAUACGGUCAUCUACUUUCAAUGGGUAAGAUGGAAAAUCAUUUCCCUCCCUUACAUAGACAUGAUUUUGCAGCAUUAGUUCAAUUCCCGCUAUGAUGCGAGGACAGACUUUUCAAUCAACGGACGCUAAACAGUACAAAACCUCCUCGAACCGCCUUUUAGCUAGUGUGGGCGAUAACUCUAUCUUAUUUGCCUCUUUUUUAACGACCCGCAGGACAUCACCAUGACAGUUCUCCAAGUAGGAGUAUCGCAUCUUGUGCUUAAUUGUGAAUACGCACUGAAAGAAAUACCACAAUGGACAGGGAAAACGUAAGACACUCAACACUAUCACUUUCAACACUAUUUUGUCUUUCGCGGAGAUUAUGGUUUCCUUUAUUGUCCAUAAAUACUAACAAACGGUUGCUUUUUGCAGAUUAAGAAGAGUGGGCUGUCCAGACAGGGAGUUCAAAUUGAGAUAUUUUAAAUACAAGCCAGCACACGAGGUAAUUAAGAGCAUUUCUUUGUCGGCAAGGCCAUCCCAAUAAAAUGGUUCGUCUCCCAUCGCCCCGUCUCUUGUGAUGGUGGGUCGGUCGAUCGGGCGAAAAAAAAAUGAGCACUUGAAGGGGUCUGGGUUCUGGAGAGGGCCAGGCUGCUAAGUAAGAAAGCCUGGUUACAAAGUCAACUCGAAAACGUGGUCUUUUCGACUAUCAAUUGUCUAAACACAGGCGGCCCAGACGUAGUAUGUGUCACUGAAUGAAUAUGUUAAUAUCCACAUGGACAAAUUAAUGCGAUGAGUCGUCGAAACUCCCAUGGACUAAAAUAGUCUAAAAGUCAAAAUAUAACAAAUCAAAGCUAAGAUACCUUCAACUGAACGUAUCCUUGUCUUUCCUGGCCGGUUUAAGUCACAUUUUGUUGAGUUUUGAAAUUGUAGGUACUAUAGUACCUACAACUAUUUUAGUCCAUGGGAGUUUCGACGACUCAUCGCAUUAAUUUGUCCAUGUGGAUAUUAAUAUAUUCAUUCAGUGACACAUACUACGUCUGGGCCGCCUGUGGUCUAAACAGCCUUUAAAAAACGUCGUAUCGAUGUUAAUUAAAGAUAAAGACAUCACAUCAUACCAAUCGUUGUUAAUAAAGCAAGAUCGUGUGCUUGUAAAUUAAAGUACGUACUUGCUUCUUUGACUAGUGAAUCUGGAAUUUUUUUUUCUUUCUUUUACUUUUCGAAAAUGGGUCGGUCGGACGAUGAGAAACGAAACAUUUUAGUGGGAAUUCGGGACCUCAAAGAGCUGAUAGCUUCCGUGCUACGAUGGUUAUCCACUUGUUCCUAGACGUCGCACUUUAGCUUAUGUCUUCCGAAUGCAGAUGAUAUGACAGUAAUUAAUGGAUAAUAAUACCCUAUGUUUGAUGGUCUCGGAAAGAGAACAAGGACGUUGACCGAGGCCGUGAAGCACAGUGGCUCUUAAAGGGAUGGUUGAUUGAAAUAAACGCGAAUUGGCCCAGUAAUCACCAUGCCGGGCCAGCCCAACCACAACCCAAUCAAAAUAAUUCUAUAAAGUGAGAAAAUGUGUGCGAACAAGGAAAAAUGAAAUCUAUUCAACUCUUACUUGAAACGAAGGUGUGCUUUUAACCAUUGCGGUUUAACGAGCAGCAGUACAAAACCAAAGUUAGCCUGCGUAGCCGGCGGAAUCGUUCGCGCGGGGAAAGUUCUGGCAGAGAAGCUGCUAAGCUGUACGGAGAAUGGAGAGGAGGCAGAGCCGCCUGGCCGCUUCACACACUUUCAUUCACACGCGCAAAAACCGAUUCCACCGGUUACGCAUGCUAAACCAAAGUAAUUGGACAUACUUUUGAAACACUUCAGAACUCAAUAAAUCGAUCUAUCUAAGAUAAAAAUUACAAAAUCCUAUGAACUCUGACAAUAUCAACUGUUGUUGUCAUACAGUGGCUUACUUAUGGGUUUCCUCUGCACGAAAUCAUACCUGAUUCUGGGUCAGUGCUGCAUCACCAAUUUUACAUUUAUUGACAAAAUUUAUUCGGUCUCAUCAGGUUUCGGUUAAACAUGAUGUUCUCUCUUUGUUCAACAGGUUGCCGGUUCGCAAGUUAAAGUUGAAGAAAUAGCAGAAGUAAACUAAAAAAGACCCUCACAAAAACCAUUACAGUAUAAGUGAAGGUUUAUCCUCGGAGAUCCAGGGACAACUAAGAUGACCAGAUCUUUAAAAGAGAAAAUAAUGAGGGCGCUGGUUGUCGGAGGAUAGUAAAGUGAAAUUAGAUAUGACAUUUGAAAUGUCGGCGAAAUACCUCAAGGAGCUGGCACAGAAACACGAAAGGAGAGGAUCAUCAGAAAAGUUAAGGCGGGGGUGGGGGAUUUUUUAACUGCAUGAACUUUUUCCGUUAAUAUUUCCCUUAUUUCUUUAAAUAUUUUCCCUUGUAUGAAUAU